AACAUGAUUAUUUCGAUGCUCAAUACAUGCUUGGAAAAUCCUUUUAUGAAGGAUACGGGACUAAGAAAAAUAUUUUAAAUGCUAUCUACUGGCUAAAUAAAGCAAAAGAAAGUAAGAAUACAGAUGCUAAGGAAUUAUUAGAAGAAAUAAUCAAUUACAUGUAG